CCUGCAAGAAUUCUGAAAUCUCUGCGGGAGAUGUCCUGGCAUGGACAUUCUACUGAGGGAAGGAUACGACCCUCUUCGAAUCAAGUCCGAAGUGCCGGAUGCUUGGGAAGAAGCUACCGAAGCUUCAACUUCGAUCCAUUCCGAUAUCUGGGUGAAGUCCGAGUGGAUGUACCCAUACUCCUGUAUGUCCGAGUCGGAAACUUCCCUUAGCACGUCAAAUGCUCCCGAGCACGUUAACGGAGAAGCUGACCAAAACAAAUCCCCAGGCAAAAAGUCCAUCCCAGAUCCUGCGAGAAAUGUUCGAAGAAAUGUCAAUUGUCUGGAGGGAAUCCGGGAAAAUCGAAAGCACCCUUGCGAAGAAAGUCAGAAGAUCAUCGGACACGCGAAACGGCAGAGGCCGAAGCGCUACAGAUGCCACCUUUGCACCAGGUCCUUCGUAACCGUGAAGUUGCUCGAAGUGCACAGGAACGAGUACCACAGCACCAACUACAUAGAGUGCUCCAUUUGCAACCACAAGUACAAGUCUCAGCGAGGUCUGACUCAGCACGAGACCAGGGUGCACAGCAUCUGCGAGUCCAAGUUCGAGUGCGACUACUGCGGCGAUCGCUUCAAGUUGAAGAUCGACGUGUGUCUGCACAUCAAGAGGAAGCACAUGUACUUCGUGGAGGAGUGCCGCUUCUGCGGGAAAUCUGUCCGGGACAGAAGCGCCCACGAGCGAAUCAGACAUCAGGGUCGCAAAGUCACGGACUACCCUCACGCGUGUUCCCAGUGCACCUUGAAGUUCGAGUCCGUGGAGAAGCUCUACACCCACGUCCUGGGACACGCUAACGGCUUCAGGUGCUCCGAGUGUGGCAUCAGGUUCUCCACUUUGGAGCUGAUGACCGACCAUAAGAUCCAGAAACACAAACCUGCUUCCUGCGUCAUCUGCAACAAGCCCUUCAGUACCAGACGGAAUAUGUACCAGCACGUCCUCACUUACCACAGCAACAUCAAGCCCCAGCAGUGCGAUAUCUGUGGGGAGGCUUUUAGGAAAAGAAACGUCAUGCUAGAUCACAGGAGCGAGCAUCCUGGACCUCUACCUCCGAUCCCGCGGCUCCCAAAACGCGCACCGAUCGCCAAACUCGCUAAGAUCAUUCUGCAAAAGUAUUCUUCGUUGUGUCAAUGAUCAUUUGUCGCGGUGAUAAUUACGGUGGCAAGAACUAUGUUGCGAACCCUCUCAGGAAGCAAGCUUCGCACUCGGCGUGCCUUAAGCUUUGCGUUAAGCUUUAGACAAAUAUUUAGUUGGGUUGAUAAAAGUUAGCUCAACCGUAGAAGAUGAUUAUUAUGUGGACCAUCAAUUGUUUGAGUGAUAUAGUAAAAUUCCACGGUUAAUUAUUUUCGGUAGUUGGUGGUAGAAUCACCCCAUGUGUUUAUGUGAUUUGUGUGUCCACUUUGGAGCUGAUGACCAACCAUGAGAUCUAGAAACACAAACCUGCCUUCUGCGUCAUCAAUAUUUCAGUCGAUAAACCAAAUGCUUUCGUUAAAUGUACCAAAUUGUUUUAACAUUUUGGGGUGAUCUACUAUAAUAUUUUAUGUAGUCAAUCGAAAGUUGUUAACCUAAGAUUUUUAUCAUCUAAACGAAAUAUUUGGUGGUUGUUAUAAUAACCGUAAUCCAUGGUGGAACCAAGAAAAUUUCUAUUCAUUCAAAAUUACCUUCCGUCCCUAUUAUUACAUUGCGAUUGUACUGAUGUUAUGUAAUUAAUAUUUCAGUGGAAACAGAAGACAAUUUUAGAAAAACCACGAUUGCAAAUCGACUCGAUCCUGGCUUUAGUUUUACAAAUUUGCGUAAUAAUCGGGGAGACGCGUUAUUUUGACGUUAUUAUACAUAUUCCAAAUGUUUAUAAUUUUUGGACAGCUGUUUAGUCCCAUCACUAGGAUCGAUGUCUCAUUUGUUGAGUGAAUGUGUUAGAAUUUCGAAAUUGUAAAUAAUUCUUAGGUUCGAAAGGAAAAAUAUCGAUAGCUUAGAAAUAACAAAUGAUACAUUACAAAUGAUCAUCGAAAGAAUAAAAUAUACAUUUUUAGGAAUUCAGGGACGUUGAACUCUUUGAGUUCCUAACAUGGUAAAUGUCCCCGUUAAACAAUAUUGCGGAAAAUCGUGAUAAUUUGUAAGAAUUCGAGACUGUCCUAAUUUUGCAGGAACAUACCUUAGUGACAGUGUUUAAUUGAUUCUAUUUCAUACAGUUCUACAUUGACGAUACUGAAAAAAUCGGUGCUUAACGCUAUGAGUGUUGCAAUUAAAACACUUAAAUUAAAGAAUAUUAAUAUAUAUUAUUAGCCCUUUGACUGCGAAAAAUCUGUCUACACUGAUUAAAGCCCAUGUAAAUUUACAUACUGAAUCAUUGGUUAUUUAUAUGGUAAAUUACAGUAAAAUUACAUUGUCUCCGUGACAUCACAUUAAAUUCAAGUAAAAAUGCACCAAUACGGCAAAUAUAAAAUGUCAGGGCUAUUUACACAUUUUCUAAUUUUCAAUUGUUUCAUUUUACGUUUUUCUGUCUGAAACUUCGCUAAUACGUCGAAAGGGCUAAACCAGUCAAAGGGUAAAUUAUUCUUAAUUAUUCUUUCGCAAAAUGCGCUUACGCGUUCGGUGCACCUUGUUUUGGGAAUAAUGAGAAUUAAGAUGAGAUGUUAAUAAUAAUCAGCGGCGAUUUUAAUGUCAUCUUUUCUAAGCCGGAGGCAGAUUGACUCGAUAGACAAGAAAUUCAAAUUAAAUAACACUAAUGAAAAUACGUACCUUGUGUUAAUACCGAAACACAAAGACAAAUGUAAAUCGUAAUUCACUGUAAAAAAAAAAGACACCAAAGAUACGUUUCACUUUCAUUACAUGCGAGCUUACACCCGUUAUCAUGGCAUAAGAAGUUUCACUUCGAAGAUGUAAGUGCAACAAUCAUCCCGA